UUGAACUCAGCAGCAGCUGUUGCCGCUCUGCAGACUGAAAACGGCUCCUGGAAAACAGUGACUUUGUGUGAUUCUUGUGCUGAAAUGUCGACGUGUGUUUAGUUUGGUCGGCGGGGCAGCCGGUGAAACGGUUUUCUGAGGACGGAAACUUUCCAGAGCCGGUGUGAGCGUGAACACAGGAAGACGCGUGGAAACGGAUGUGUGACAGAAUCAUGAGCAGCAGCAGCAGCAGCAGCAGCAGCGCUUUGUGCUUUUCUCCCCGUCGUGUCUCCACGCUGUAGACACGCGUGCUGUGGGAAGCUGCUUCGUCCUCUGUCGGGAUUAUUCGGACCACAGGUGUGAGGACUCAUGGGGACUCAGGGGACGGGACGGAAGAGGAGCACCAAGACGGACAAGACGACAGCCGAGGACGAUGCGCUCAACCUCAUAGCAAGAGAGGCAGAGGCCAGGCUGGCUGCGAAGAGGGCAGCCCGGGCAGAGGCCAGAGAGAUCCGCAUGAAAGAGCUGGAGAGGCAGCAGAAGGAGAUUUUUCAGGUGCAAAAGAAAUAUUACGGCUUGAACACCAAAAUAGAUGACCGAGCGGACAGCAAAUGGGGAGACAUUGAACAAUGGAUGCUCUCGGAUGACGAUGAACGGAUGUCUGUCGGGAACCGAGGCAGCAUCAGGGUGGAGGACCGAGAUUAUCUUGAGAAGGGAUCUCGAGCAGCUUCUGUAUUGACAGCGGGGACCCUCACCUCUUUAGGCGGGACUUCCUCACGGCGAGGCAGCGGGGACACGGCCAUAACCUUAGACACAGAGGCUUCCAUACGAGAAAUCAAGGUUUCCCAGCAGUCGAGUUCUGUUCGAUCCUGUCUGCGUGGCUGCCGGCGGUUGGCCCCGCUGACAGCUGAAGGAUGCAAACAGCCCUGGGACCCUGAGGGGCAGCAGGACGGCUGGGCGUCGGCUGGCAGGGAGGGGGCUGAGGGCUGCCCUUGCAGCGCGCCCAGGAACCCCUCCGCUCAAGAAGGGGGGCUCGUCUGGGAUGUGAUUGUUUGCUUUUGUUGUGUGAGUGCUGCUCAGCUCACAAUGUCAUCUGUGCUUCAUGACUCUCAGAGCUCCAGACUGAGUGAUGACAGCAGAGCAUCUCGUGCAUCCAGAUUAGCCCUGCAGCCGGCAUCUUAUGCUUCUUCUGACUUGUACAGUCUCACUGACUUGUCUUCUGCUCGAGUCCCAAGUUCAGCUUUGAAUGGUUUCCAGCUUCACUGUCUAUUUCAGUUCUCCAGGUCACACUGUCAGACCAUCCAGCAGCUCUGCCUUAGGCCUUUAGAUUUCAGCAGUUACCGCAGCUCCGGCUCCAGAGCCUCCAGCAGGGCCAGCUCAGCCCGUGCUAGCCCAGUGGGCAACUGUGGCUCUGUGGCCAGUUUUUUGAGAAGUGCAGCCAGUAACAGUGGCCUUCCCCGGGAUGUGGAUGAUGUUGUUAUUCCAGAUUUCUCUAACGUGGAGGACCGAGAUUAUCUUGAGAAGGGAUCUCGAGCAGCUUCUGUAUUGACAGCGGGGACCCUCACCUCUUUAGGCGGGACUUCCUCACGGCGAGGCAGCGGGGACACGGCCAUAACCUUAGACACAGAGGCUUCCAUACGAGAAAUCAAGGAGAUUCAUGAACUGAAAGAUCAGAUUCAAGAUGUGGAAGCCAAGUACACACAGAACCUAAAAGAAGUCAAGGAUACGUUAGCAGAAGUCGAGGAGAAGUACCGUAAGGCCAUGGUGUCGAACGCCCAGCUAGACAACGAGAAGAACAACCUGAUGUACCAGGUGGACACACUUAAGGACUCCCUGAUGGAGCUGGAGGAGCUCCUGUCCGAGUCACGCCGCCAAUAUGAGGAGAAACUCAAGGAACAUGAUCGAGAGAAACAUGCCCACAGUACCCUUCAGUUCCAGUUCAAUGAAAUGAAAGAAACAUUAAAACAAAGUGAAGAGCUGCUAAACGAGAUUCGUCAGCUCCGUACGAAACAGGACGGUUUUGUUAGAGAAAUAUUGGACCUUCAGGAGACUGUGGAAUGGAAGGAUAAAAAAAUUGGGGCCUUAGAGCGACAGAAAGAAUAUACAGAUGCAAUCCGAAAUGAGCGAGAUGAGCUCAGAGAAGAGGUGGUCAAGCUGAAAGACAUUCUGAAGAAACAUGGAAUAGUGUUGGGACCUGAUCUGAAUAUUAACGGGGAAAUUGGUGAAACAGAAGUGGGCGAGUCCAGUGGAGACUCCGCCCUUCAGCUGGCUCAGGUUUCACAGACUUCACCUGUGGAAGGAAACAGCAUGCUCGGCAACACACCGGAGGCUCAUUUGAGAACUAGCAUCAAGGAAGAGGUGGAUCCAGAGCAGCAUCAAGGAAUACUUGAAGAAGCUAAAGAAAAUCACUUGAGCUCUGACAGACUUUGUAAAGAUGCUGAUUUGUCUUCAACAGAAACAUCUAGAGGACAACAGUCAUGUUCUCCAACUGUGGAAAAUGGUGGUGAAGAUGGUGAAUUUAGCAAAGCCUUUAAAGUUGAAAUGAAUGAAAUUCCAAAUGCAGAUUACCAGAAUGAUACCGUUUGCAGUCCAGAGCCUCCAGACACUGUAGUAACAUCUGAGGAGAAUACUGUAGGAAGUGAAAAACCUGAGGCCAAAGUUUUAGGACAACAAAGUACCAGUUAUUUAGAUCAGCUAGAAACCAAAGCUGUGAGUGUGGAUACACACAUUGAUGGAACUGUAGAGACAAAAAGUAACAUUUUUGAAGAGCAAGAAACUAGAGCAGAAGUAGUUGAUGAAAGCAACUUAAUCAGCACAGACCCGUGUCCUCAGGAAGACUUUGGAGGAAAUGAUUUGAAAGAAAGCUCACCAGAUGAUUUGCCUUCAGGUGUAGCAAAUACUGAACAUGAACAAGAGCCGGAGAACACAGAAACGGCAGAGAAUGAUGAGGCAGGGAAAGUUUCAAGUAAAGCUCAAGCACACGGUGCUAAAAGAAAGAAAAAGAAGAAGAAAGGCAAAAAGAAAGCAGGGAUUCAGCAACAAAAAGAUGCAGAUGAACAGAGCAGAACACAGAAAGGAAACAAAAAAACAGAAGACUUGGCAUCAGCUUUACGAGGUAGUGGGCCACCCGCAGAAUCUGAGGUUAUUGGUUCUGCCAGUGGAACUCCUGAGGAAUUAAUGAUCGACGAAGAGGAGCUGGACAAGCAACAGGUUCUGGAAGGAGCUGAAGGAGAUGCAGAAACAUUAAAGCUCACUCAAACAUUUACCCAGAUAGAAACUCUCAUGGAACUAAGAAUGGAUCCCAAAGAGGACCCGGACAAGGACAAGAGUUUGGAAACUAAAAACAUAGAACAAUUAGAAAGUGUUGUGAGUCCUGAUACAGAAGCUAAUCUCAGUAUGUCUCAUCUUGUUGAACACUCAGACGGUACGGAGAGGAUCGAUGCCCAUGAUGGAGAGUCCACUUCCUGUUUGGAUAACUUAUCACCAAAUGGUGAUGUCCACGCUGAAUCAGGAAUGAAGCAUGAGGAUGAAUGUGCUGAUGAUGUGAAAUUUGAAUGCACAUCUAUUAGCCCUGAAGGCAGUUAUGAAGUCACAAAUAUCAGUGCUGAAGCUCAAGUUCCAGUUAAUGACAGAUCCACUGACAGAUCUGAACGCAGUUCUGAGAGUCAGGACAAUAUGUUGGGAGCACCGUCAUCCACUAGUACAUGCAGUGAUGGUCUGGAAAACACCAUUGAGACACCACCAGAGUCUGAGAAGACUCUCUCUGCCACUGAGGUUUCUGACGGACAAUGUAAUGAGGUAACUGAGAUGGUCCAAGAAGAAGAAGAAGAAGGCCCAGAACCAGAGAUGGAACAAGGAUCACUUUCUCCCAGCAUUAUUUCUUCAGCUCAUGAUGAUCCUUCAGAGCUUCAGCUUGUCAGGACACAAGAAGAGCUCAACAGAGAAAUGAAAGAAUGUGAAAAUUUAACAGAACCUCUCCAAACACAAGAUGAAAUGAGUGACGGUGCUUCAUUAGUGAGACUGAGUGAUACGAUUGUCGGAGAAACAUGUGUGGACACUCCACGUCAAGAUGAACACAUGGAUGAUGGAGAAUCUCACAUUAUGAAAACAUCAGAGUCUCAAAGUAAUGAGUCAAGUGCUGAGAGUCUGUUGGAAAAUGGUGAGAAGAAUAUUGCUGAGAUGUUGAUACUAGAGGACUCGAAAGAAGUUCCAGAGGCAGAUUUGUUUAUUGAGCAGAGCCAAAGCCACGAAAACGAAAGUAGAAAUGAUCAAAAUGGCCCUGAAAGCAAGACAACACGUUGUCCUGUGGAGGAAGAACUGAAUGAAUCAAGGGAGGAAAAUUCUGCAAAUGAUGAUUCACUUCAAGGUGUCCAGGAGAACGGCAACAGAGAUGAGAGCGUGGGUGAGGAACAGUUGUCGCUAAUGAAACGGACAGAUGCCUGUGUGUCUGAAAACCGCUUAGCUGAACACUCGACUGAUGGAGAAAACGUCAACUUUAUGACAUCAGAAUCUGUGGAUCAAUGUGAUAAACUGAGUCCUGAAACAUCACUGGAAAUGGAAGAGAGCAGUGUUGAGGUGUUGAAGACAUCAGACUUAAACGAGGUUUCGGGGUGUGGUUUGUCUGAGCAAGACCAAAGCAGUGAGGAAGCUACACGUACGAGUCAAAAUGUUCCUCCAAGUGAGACAUUUCUUUGUGCUUUGACUGAGCAAGUGCAUGAACACGACGAGGAUGAUUCACCUCAACCUGCCCAGCAGGACAGUGACAGAGAUGAAGGCGUAGGUGAGGAAGGGUCAACUUUAAUGAAACAGACAGAUGUCUGUGGAGCUGAAAACCGUUUGGAGACUAAAGCUCAGGCUGAACGUGAUAAAUUGAGUCCAGAAGCAUCACUGGACAUAGAAGAGCACGGUAUUGAGGGGUUGAAGACAUCAGAGUGUGAUGUGACUGAGCAAGACCAAAGUAAUGAGGAAGGUACAAGUACAGUUAGUCAGAGUGGGACAUUUCUUUGUCCUUUGGCUGAGUCAGUGCAUGAACGUGAUGAGGACGCGUCUAAAAAUGAUUCAUUUCAAGCUGUCCAGAAGGACAGUCACAAAGAGCAGGAGAAAGAGGAAGGGUUGUGUUUAGAUUUUAAUGACCAGGUAAUGAAACACACAAAUAACAAUUUGGAGACUGUAACUGAGGCUGAAGACUUGGAUGACGGAGAAUACAACAGAUGGAAGAUCUCUAAGGCUGCAGAUCAAAGCCAUGAAUUAAAUGCAGGGUUUUCAUUAGGAAUAAGAGAGGACAAUGUCGUUGAGGUACUGAACCCACAAGAACACAGUUCGUUUACUGAACAGAAACAAAGCAUUGAAGAAGGUGACGAACGUAACAAUGGUGGAAAAGACCAAGAAAGUGAGAUGUGUUUUUGUCCUUCAGCUGAACAACUGCCUGAAUCUGGUGAGGAGAAGUCAGAAAACAGUGGAUCCUCUCUACCCGUCCACCAGCACAGUGAUGAGGAAGAAGACGACUAUGACGAUGAUGAAGGGCAGUCGUUUGAUUUCGACGACAUGGAUUUAGAGGCCGCUAUAGUAAUGGAUGUCUGUGACACGCAAGAAGAAGCUGAGAAGGAGGUUGAAAUAGUGGUAAGUGGAAGUAACAUGGCUUCAAAUGAAGAGUCAGAGUCAGAGCUGCAAACACCAGAGGAGUCGGAGGAGGUGAAUGACGAGAAGUGUGCAGUCGAAGGAAACAAGGUGGACCACGAGAUGUGUGGUGUACAUCAGGAAGAACUCAACUCUUUGGCUCAUGAAGAAGGAGAGGAGGCGAAAGCUCCGACGGGGGAGGAGGCGAAAGCUCCGACAGCGGUGGAAAUUUGUGGAUCUGAGGAGCCGGGGCAGAAUUUAGGAGAUAAAAGUUUGAAUGUUGAGGAACUGGGUGUUGUUGACCGCAGCAGCGUUGACAACGUAAAUCAGGUGUCAAUAGAGGAAGAACCAGGUGCUGUGAAGCAGGAAGUUCACCGUGAGGACUCUGUAGCCCAGAAGAGCGAAAACCAAACAGGUCUCAGCAAAGUACCACCACAGUCAGGGAAAGAUGCAAAGAAGAACAUCAAGAAAGGCAAAGGAAAAGAUGAGUGCAAGAUGUCCUACCUUCCCCCACCCUCCCUACAUCCACCUGGCUCCUCCCACCCUGAGAUUCGCUUGAGGAAACUUGUGGAUGAGCGUGAGAAAAUGAUAGAACAGGUGAAAAAACUAAAAUCCCAGUUGGAGCUGAAGUCCCAGAGGAACGGCACCGAUGGCAGCUCCGGCCCCGACGGCGAAACGCUGGCCAAUGGACCCGAUUCGAAUGUGAUAGAAGUGCAGAGAGAUUCCAGCAGACAGAUCAGCGACUUGAAGUUCAAACUGGUGAAAGCGGAGCAAGAAGUUACUGCUUUAGAACAAAAUGUGACCAGACUGGAGGGUCAGGUGAUCCGCUACAAGUCUGCAGCAGAGAACUCGGAGAAGGUGGAGGACGAGCUGAAGGCAGAGAAACGACGGCUACAGAGAGAGCUGCGGUCUGCACUGGACAAGGUGGACGAACUCGAAUCCAACAACAGCCACCUCUCAAAAAGACUGGAGAAGAUGAAGACCACUCGUGGCAUGGCACAGACUCCGUAGCAGCAACCCGACUUCACUUUGGAUUUGUUUUUUUUGUCCACCUGAUAGCGACACUAUAAAAAGAACAAAAUCAACAAACAGGGUCAUCACAAGUCCAAGAAAAAA